CCAUCUCGCCUCGUGUGAAACUCUCCAGACUCGCACGAAACUAGGGUUCUUAGAGUAUCACCCAUAUAAACGAUUUCCAACGUAUCUUCCUUCGCCCUUCCGCUCCGAGCGCUACCGCGUCACCCUCUUCACCCUCUUCUCCGGAAAUUUUUCAUCAUUGUUUGCACUUUGCACUGAGGUUUGCGGCCAAUCAACUGACAAAAUGCAGAACGAAGAGGGAAAGAUGAUGGAUCUCUACAUCCCCAGAAAAUGUUCUGCCACGAACAGGCUAAUUACUGCGAAGGACCAUGCCUCAGUCCAGAUCAAUAUAGGGCACUUGGACGAGAAUGGGGUGUACACUGGGCAGUUCACCACGUUUGCUCUCUCUGGUUUCAUACGGGCUCAGGGUGAUGCGGAUGGUGCUCUGGACAGGCUCUGGCAGAAGAAGAAAGCUGAAGUGCGGCAACAGUAGGAACUGUUCUGGAUUUUGUUUGAUUAGUAGUCCUCGAUAUGUUUUCUGUCAUCAAGAUUUUGUCCUGGCAAAAACAUUUUUAUCAGCUAUUUGGCAUGACUUAGUACCUAAUUAGAUUCAAGCCUUCCUUUGGGUACCUCAAUUGAAACUUGGAGAUCGAACUUCUUAUUUCAUAUGUACUCUGUGCUGCCUUACCUUUUUGGAUAUGUUUGGUUCUACUUGUCGUUCCUCAGUUGAUCUUCAAGUUUGUUAUUCUUGAAGAUGCUCUUCAAUGCUUUCCUAUGAAAUCAUGGAUGUUUCUAAUGA